UGUAGUGAGAAGUGUGUCGUGCAGCAGAGCUCCAAAUAUCUCUUUGUGUCUUAGCAGCUCGCUCGACUGCAUAGGGCAGACAACGUGCUGGUUGACUGUCACUGGAAUUUCUUGAAUUUGGAACUGAGGUAGACAAUUUAUUGAAGGGUUUUCGAAGAUACGUUUACAGUCACAGCAAUGUCAUACUUCAAGAUAAUCGUCCUAAUGCUAGUAAGUGGCAUUGGAGCACAACAUUUUGGGCGUAGCAUUCAUCCUCAAUUCAGAGGUCCAGUUUUUUUCCCAGCUCCAAACAACAUUGCCCGGAUUCCGCGCACGCCAUCCCCGCUACCAAACAUAUUCUUCCAGCAUCGUGGCCAUCCUCAUGCCUCUGCCAUCGCCUUUGGAGUCUCAGAUGGGAGAGGGUCGCCCAUUUCAUUCUCCAAUAAAGAUCAGCUCGUAGGUAGCAAUCAGAGGGUGCCUAUUGUAUUUGGCGUGAACGAAGGCAGGCCUCUACCGUCUCUAUCGACUGUUAUGAACAGAAUUCCCGCCAACAACGGCGGGACAAUUGGAGCAGGAAUAAAUACGUUCCUUCCUAUUAUCCCUCCUACAGAUACAAUUGCUACCAACCCUAGCUCCCCUGCACAAACAACGAGUGUCAAUGCUACCAGUGAUAAAUGUUCUCUGAAGUUUUUGCUCACCAUGUUCGAGGGAAGUUGUUCACGCCUUUUGACAAGAAGUUCUUGUGAGAGCGACCAGUGGCUUUUGUUAUCCAGCGAUGGCGUUGCCCACUGUGCCGAACGUCGCUGUCCUUGGGAGCAACUUGAAUUCCAGGGAGACUGUGUGGACCCCGCCACUCCCGAUCUGUGUCCGCGAGGCCAAAUUAUUUACGUCGACAUUAACGGACAAGCGGAGUGCGACUGCGAAGCAAAUCACUACUUUGAUGCAGAUUCUGGACAGUGUUUUAUGUUGCAUGAACAAGGGCCGUGCGAAAGCUCACAUUAUCUUGAGAAAGGUUUGGACGGGAAAAUGGAAUGCGUGCCUAAUCCAUGUGAAAAUGAUGAACUAGUUUCGUUCGAAGGCACGUGUUAUAAGAAAAAUUACAAAGGGUAUUGCAGUCCAACAUUAAUUGAGAUUCUUGCAGAGAGUAAUAGUGCCGACUGUUUGUUCACACCACCAAGAAGCGUCUUUGACGUGCUAGCUCUCAGUGCCUGUCCUGAAGGCAGCCAACGUUCGUUCCUUGGCAAGUGCAGAGAAGUGCUGAGGAUCCCAACGCAGACAACUUCGCCUUCAUUCCGAGGAGUGUGCCUUCCCGGCUUCGUUUCCGAUCAAACUGGCACGUGCCGCAGAGUUGUUUCAAUUUUUAGUGGAUAAAAUUGCGUUUAUUCAACCAAUAUUUAACAAAUUUAUCGAUAUGCUAUAUGUUAUAUUUGCUCAAGUGUUUUCUAAUGAUCAGCAUGGGACUCAAUCACAUGCGGUAGCUCUAAUCAUGGUUGAACUUGAGUUAACCGUGUUUCUAGUAUCAUAGAUGCUAGUCUAUCCUUUAUAUGUGAUUCAUUAGAGCCGUUGACUUUGACUUCAUUAAAAAAAAUUAAAAAAACAUUACAGAAAACCAUUAUAGACAAUUUUGAAACGUGGCAAUGUAAUAAAAACUGAUGUGAUUUAUUCGUAUUUCAAUGAUCUAAAAAUAAAUGAGCUUCAUUCCAUGCAUAGUUCCAGAACAAAGCCCAUGUUCAAUUGGACAUUUUUCAACAUAUCUAACUGAUGAGAAGUUCAACUCGGGAAAUGAUUCCUCUGCCAGCAACGUAUAGAAUGUUUUCGCAUACCUUGCAGCACAACAUCCUGUUCUCCGAGGUGCUCAUUACUGCUUAGUUUUUCUCUAGCUCAUUUGGUACUUUGUAACAAUUUUGUUGAAUCAACAAAUCCAUUUUGCAAAUAAAAAAAUAAUCAAAUUAUUCUUAAUGUAGUUGUACCUGAUUAUUUAUUUACACUUACUGUUUAGAAUUUUCAAACCGGGUAUACAUGUAAGAAUGAAGAGCAUGACAGAGGUUUUCUGGUAGAAGGUGAAACACUUUUUUAGCUCAGGUUGAGUCCUG